CACUCCUUUGCCUCUGUCCGGCAGGCUCCCAGCGAGUACGAGACGAGUCCGGAGCAGCUCUUCUACCGGAUCGCCCACCUGAACCGUGGGCAGCAGUAUUUGCUGUGGGUGGCUGCUGUCACCUCUGCUGGCCGGGGCAACAGCAGCGAGAAGGUCACCAUUGAGCCCGCAGGCAAGGCCCCAGCAAAGAUCAUCUCAUUUGGAGGCACCGUGACAACCCCCUGGAUGAAAGAUGUCCGACUGCCUUGCAAUUCGGUGGGAGAUCCAGCCCCUGCUGUGAAGUGGACCAAGGACAGUGAAGACUCAGCCAUCCCCGUGUCCAUGGAUGGGCACCGGCUCAUCCAUACCAAUGGCACGCUGCUGCUGCGUGCUGUGAAGGCUGAGGACUCGGGCUAUUACACCUGCACGGCCACGAACACUGGGGGCUUCGACACCAUCAUCGUCAACCUUCUGGUGCAAGUUCCCCCGGACCAGCCCCGCCUCACUGUCUCUAAAACCUCCGCUUCGUCCAUCACCCUGACCUGGAUUCCAGGUGACAAUGGGGGCAGCUCCAUCCGAGGCUUCGUGCUGCAGUACUCGGUAGACAACAGCGAGGAAUGGAAGGACGUGUUCAUCAGCUCAGGCGAGCGGUCCUUCAAGCUGGACAGCCUCAAGUGUGGCACGUGGUACAAGGUGAAACUGGCAGCCAAGAACAGCGUGGGCUCCGGGCGCAUCAGCGAGAUCAUCGAGGCCAAGACCCACGGGCGGGAGCCCUCCUUCAGCAAAGACCAGCACCUGUUCACCCACAUCAACUCCACGCAUGCUCGACUUAACCUGCAGGGCUGGAACAACGGGGGCUGCCCGAUCACAGCCAUCGUGCUGGAGUACCGGCCCAAGGGCACCUGGGCCUGGCAGGGGCUGCGGGCCAACAGCUCCGGGGAGGUGUUUCUGACCGAGCUGCGCGAGGCCACGUGGUACGAGCUGCGCAUGCGGGCUUGCAACAGCGCUGGCUGCGGCAACGAGACUGCCCAGUUCGCCACCCUGGACUAUGACGGCAGUACCAUCCCUCCCAUCAAGUCUGCUCAAGGGGAGGGGGAUGAUGUGAAGAAGCUGUUCACCAUCGGCUGCCCGGUCAUCCUGGCCACUCUGGGGGUGGCACUGCUCUUCAUCGUUCGCAAGAAGAGGAAGGAGAAGCGGCUGAAGCGUCUCCGAGAUGCAAAGAGUCUGGCAGAAAUGUUGAUAAGUAAGAACAACCGAAGUUUUGACACCCCUGUGAAGGGGCCACCUCAGGGCCCGAGGCUACACAUUGACAUCCCCAGAGUCCAGCUGCUCAUCGAGGACAAGGAGGGCAUCAAGCAGCUGGGAGAUGACAAAGCCACCAUCCCCGUGACGGACGCUGAGUUCAGCCAAGCUGUCAACCCACAGAGUUUCUGCACUGGUGUCUCCUUGCACCACCCAGCCCUCAUCCAGAGCACGGGACCCCUCAUCGACAUGUCUGACAUCCGGCCAGGCACCAACCCAGUGUCCAGGAAGAGUGUGAAGGCAGCCCACAGCACCCGGAACCGGUACUCGAGCCAGUGGACUCUGACCAAGUGCCAGGCCUCCACCCCUGCCCGCACCCUCGCCUCUGACUGGCGCACUGUGGGGUCCCAGCACGGGGUCACUGUCACGGAGAGUGACAGCUACAGUGCCAGCCUGUCCCAGGACACAGACAAAGGACGGAACAGCAUGGUGUCCACUGAGAGCGCCUCGUCCACCUAUGAGGAGCUGGCCCGGGCCUAUGAGCAUGCCAAGCUGGAGGAGCAGCUGCAGCAUGCCAAGUUCGAGAUCACCGAAUGCUUCAUCUCGGACAGCUCCUCCGACCAGAUGACCACAGGCACCAACGAGAACGCCGACAGCAUGACGUCCAUGAGCACACCCUCGGAGCCCGGCAUCUGUCGCUUCACCGCCUCCCCGCCCAAGCCCCAGGAUGCCGACCGAGGCAAGAACGUGGCAGUGCCCAUCCCGCACCGGGCCAACAAGAGUGACUACUGUAACCUGCCCCUGUACGCCAAGUCGGAGGCCUUCUUCCGAAAGGCAGAUGGCCGUGAGCCCUGUCCGGUGGUCCCACCCCGAGAGGCUUCCGUCCGGAACCUGGCUCGAACCUACCACACCCAGGCUCGCCACCUGACCUUGGACCCUGCCAGCAAGCCCCUGGGCCUCCCGCACCCAGGGGGCCCUGCUGCUGCAGCCACAGCCACUUUACCUCAGAGGACUCUGGCCAUGCCUGCACCCCCAGCCGGCACGGCCCCGCCAGCUCCCGGCCCCACCCCUGCCGAGCCCCCAGCCGCCCCCAGCGCUGCCCCUCCGGCCCCCAGCACCGAGCCUCCGCGGGCCGGGGGCCCACACACCAAAAUGGGGGGCUCCAGGGACUCACUUCUCGAGAUGAGCACGUCGGGGGUAGGGAGGUCUCAGAAGCAGGGGGCAGGGGCCUACUCCAAAUCCUAUACCCUGGUGUAGGGGCACAGCGAGAAAAGCAGCCCUACGCUCGGACCUGUCUGCACCUCCAGCCCUCACACACCAACUUGGCUGUUUUCCUGCAUUAUUUAUAUUAACUGACAGAAACCAACCAACAACGAAAAGAAAAGCCCCCGAGUUGUGAACGCUUGUACAUAGAACUCUUUUGUACAAAUGAAACUAUUUUCUUCUCCAUGAAGCCAGGGCACAAAGAAUUUGACAGUACAAAUCAACCCCCACCCCCCGACCGCACAAAAUACGCGUGGAGAGCUAUAUAUACAUAUAUAGGGAGAUAGGAGCGCAUCGACAAGCUAUAUAUCUAUAUAUUUCUCUCACCUUAUUUUGAGACAGAGGCACAAAGACUCAGCAAUUUUUCCCUCCGACUCACUCACCCUCCCUUCAAUCUAGGUGGUUUUGACAAAGACCAAAAUCCCAACUCAGAGACACUGCAUGCGAUUUUACUGUUCCAAGAAAACCAGGAGUUGCUUCAAUUUGCAGAUGCUUAUGUGUUAAUACCUUUUUCUAUGAAAAAAAACCCAGCGCCGUGUGCAAUAAAGGUUAUGUUUCUA